AUGUCAUUUGAUAACAAUCUUGAAGGAUUUAAUACUUGCCAAAAGAUGUGGUACUUUUUCUGGAAUCCAUCAGUUGGAAGUUUUACGACCCAAGUCCCGUGCCAUGAGUCUCACGGAAAUCAAUUCUCCUGUUAUGCACAAGCUGUUGCUAUGCAUGCAAUUGCAGACUCCGCAUCAGUAAAUAAAGAUAUGACUAUUCCGAUUGUUGAUAAGGCGAUCAAAUCGACCUUAAAGUAUAGAAAUCCCAAAUACGGCGCAUACUCGGUGGAUUUCCAUGGCGGAAUCAACUCCGGUGACGAAGAUAUCAAUUAUGACGAUAAUGCCCAUCUGUUGCGAGCCCUUAUUGAACUAUAUGAAGCCACACAGAACAGAAAUUAUAUGAACAUGUGCAAAGAACUUAUGAAGUUUCUGUACACUGGGAUCAUUGAGCACCAGAUCUGGCAUGUACCAGGCUUAAAAUGGCACAUAACUAAGCCUUAUAUGAACACAAUAUCGAACUCCGUUUCUGCUAUUGGCGCUAUGCGCAUGAUACCAUAUGCUGAAAAUCAGCAGGAAGAGCAAAAGUUGUACGAGUUUGCCAAGAUCUGUAUCAAUUUCGUUUGGAAUAAGCUCCUCGAUCCAAGUGAUGACAUCAUCAUGGAUGGUGUCGGAUGGGAUUCUGAAAAUUUGGAUAUCACCAAGUAUAGCUACAACCAAGGCACAACUCUAAGUGCUAUUUGUUUGUUGUACAAGUACGAUCAUAACCCUGAAUGGAAAGAAAAGGCAAUCCGGUUAGUUGAUGGAUGCAUUAACCCUAGCAAGACUCUAUUUGAUCGUGAUUACAAGGAAUACGACAAAAGGUUCUUACAAGGUGUCAGCUAUUUUAACCAGCUACUGAUUGAAGGGGUGGUUGAUUUUAUC